AUGUCCAAAGUUUUAGUGUCUUACAUCACCGAUAAUAUCAAUGUAACGACUCACAACGGUGCUGCCAACAUUUACGCUUGUGGAUCUGACACUGUUGUUCACGUUGAUGGAGCUCGGCUUUACAGCUCUGGCCCUGCUGCCCAUGGACUGUAUGCCUCCGGCAAUGGUAUAAUCAUUGCAACUGAUGUCCGGCAUCAUUCCGGAGGCAAGCGCUGUUCUUUACCUGCUGGUGAUAGCCCUGCUGGUUAUGUGACAAUCGAAAACACUGUUACAAAUACAGCUCGUAUCGGCAGUGGUACAGUAUCCUCUACGCUCUUGGAAAGAUAA